CAGGGGGCGCCAAAGCAUCGCGACACCAACCGGAAACACGCUUCAACUUCCGGCUUCCGUAAACACGUGUAAGCGUGUUGAGAGCAGCAGAACCUCUCGGAACCGGGUAGAGCCUCUCGGAACCGGGUAGAGCCUCUCGGAACCAGGUAGAGCCUCUCGGAACCAGGUAGAACCUCUCGGAACCGGGUAGAACCUCUCGGAACCGGGUAGAGCCUCUCGGAACCAGGUAGAGCCUCUCGGAACCAGGUAGAGCCUCUCGGAACCGGGUAGAGCCUCUCGGAACCGGGUAGAGACGCUCAGGACCAUGUUGGAGCAGCUGGGUCUGAUCGGAACCAUCCGGGACGAGGACCUGAGUCCAGACGAACCGGCAACUGAAUCGGAACCGGAGGAGGAGCCCAUCGUCUUGAACCGGAAGAAGAAGUUUGGAGGUCAAAGGUCAACAGACUUCAACUGUGACUUCGAGUUUGGAGAGAGAGAUGGACCGAGUCUGGAUGACGACUGGGUCAUGAGCGACGUCCUGAAACAGCUCAAGAAGAAGAGAACCGUGACGACCUUGGACCAGAAAAUAGAGAAGGUCAGGAAGAAGAGGAAAGCUGAGGAGAAAUCGACUGAAUGUCCCUCAGAGGUGAAGGACGAGGAAGAGGACGAGGAAGAGGAGGAGCCAGGCGAAGAAGAGGAUGGUGAUGAAGAGGAGGAGUUUGGCUCAAGUGAUGAAGAGGUUCUGACCAAAUCAGACACUCUGAGGGAGAAAGGCCGGCGAGGGAGAAGAGGAAGGACGCAGGAGGCUCCAGAGACGUUUUCGGAGGACGCGUCUCAGUACAAUGAGCAGCUGACGUUCGAAGAGAUGAACCUGUCCCGACCCAUCCUCAAGGCCGUCACGGCUCUGGGCUUCAGGGAGCCGACGCCGAUCCAGAAGGCCUGCGUUCCCGUUGGGCUGCUGGGCAGAGACCUGUGUGCCUGCGCUGCCACCGGAACCGGGAAGACGGCCGCCUUCAUGCUGCCGGUGUUGGAGCGCUUGGUUUACAAACCCAGGACGUCCCAGGUAACCCGGGUCCUGGUUCUGGUUCCGACCAGAGAGCUGGGGAUCCAGGUCCACUCGGUGGCCCGCCAGCUGGCCCAGUUCACCUCCAUCACCACCUGCCUGGCUGUUGGCGGUUUGGACCUGAAGUCACAGGAGGCGGCUCUGAGGGCGGGUCCAGAUGUUCUGAUCGCCACACCAGGCCGACUGAUCGACCACCUUCACAACACGCCGAGCUUCGAGCUGAGCCACAUCGAGAUCCUGAUCCUGGACGAGGCCGACAGGAUGCUGGACGAGUACUUUGAGGAGCAGAUGAAGGAGAUCAUCAGGCUGUGCUCCUACAACCGGCAGACCAUGCUGUUCUCAGCCACCAUGAGCGAAGAGGUAAAGGACCUGGCGGCGGUGUCGCUGAAGCAGCCAAUCAGGAUCUUUGUGAACAGCAACACGGACGUGGCGCCGUUCCUCCGGCAAGAGUUCGUUCGGAUCCGACCGCACCGGGAAGGGGACCGGGAGGCUGUGGUGGCAGCGCUGGUGACCCGGACCUUCCAGGACCACGUGAUGGUGUUCACCCAGACCCGGAAGCAGGCCCACCGGCUGCACAUCCUGCUGGGCCUGCUGGGCCUGAAGGUCGGGGAGCUGCAUGGAGAACUGAGCCAGAACCAGAGGCUGGAGAACCUCAGGAGGUUCAAAGACGAUCAAAUCGACAUCUUGGUGGCGACCGACGUCGCGGCCCGAGGUUUGGACAUCGACGGCGUGAAAACGGUGAUCAACUUCACCAUGCCGUCCACCACCAAGCACUACGUCCACCGGGUCGGCCGCACAGCGCGCGCCGGCCGCUCCGGCCGCUCCGUGUCUCUGGUCGGAGAGUCGGAGAGGAAGAUGCUGAAGGAGGUGGUGAAGUCGGCCAAGAACAGCGUGAAGGCCCGCGUCCUGCCCACAGAGGUGGUCCUGAAGUUCAGAGAUCUGAUCAGCAAACUGGAGAAAGAUGUUGAAGCGGUGAUGAAGCUGGAGAGAGAGGAGAGAGAGAUGGCUGCUUCUGAGGCAAAGCUGAGUGUGGCUCAGAAGCGUCUAGAAGGCUCCGCCUCCUCCAGCGACUCUCAGAGGGUUUGGUUUCAGACACAGCAGGAACGCAAGCAGAGCCGCAUGUCGAAGGCUCUCCAGGAGUUUGAUUUGGCUCUGAGAGGAAAGAAGAAGAGAGAGAAGUUCCUGAGGGACGGGAAGAAGAAACAGCUGACGUCUGAGGAGCGCGCUCAGUUUGAGAUUCUGAAAGCUCAGAUGUUCGCUGAGCGAGCCGCCAAGCGGGAUAGACGGCCGAAGAAAGCCAGAGCCAUGCCUGAAGACGAGCCGCCACUGAAAGCAACCAAUCAGAAAGGAGCAGCUAAAGGCAGGAAGUCGGUGUUUGAUGAAGAGUUGACCAACACCAGCAGGAAGUCCCUGAAAAACUACAGAGCCGGGCCAUCCUUUGCAGACAGGAAGCGUCUCGGCUUGGACAGGAAGCGGUCAGGUGGCUCAAGGUUCAGGAAGAAGAAGUGAAAACAGAGAAACCAGUUCUCCAUGUCUUUAUGUUGUUCUGCACCAGAUGAUAAAUAAAGUUUGUUUCAAAGUG